AGCAGGGAGUGUAGCAUCUCCACCCCCAGUGCGCGUCCAGACCGUCCUUCCCAGCAUGUUUGACGCGGUAGUGGGGAUCGUGCAGAGCUGGUUCUGUGCCUGCUGGGACAGCUCCUGGGUGAUGUACACCUGCGUCCUUCUGGUCCCGGUCAUCUGGGUGGCCAUGGUGACUCAGCACAGCUUCUCCUGGAGAAGCAGGAUGGCUCUUCGGAGGAAGAGGAGACACAGAAAGAAAAAGCAGAAACCAAAAGCUUUUGGGUGCUGUGAGGAAGAGCUGGAGGAGGCUGGUGCAUCCCUAGAGACAUGCUGCCCUGUGCACCUGGAGAAGUUCGGCUUGGCUCAGAGCCUCAGGCUGGUUGAGAGGAGGCUACAGUACGUGGCCAGACACCUGGAUGAAGUUCUGAUACCGCCGAGUGUGUCGACAUCUGCCAUGAGCCAGUUCUCCUACUCCUCUAGGGAAUCCACCACCUCUGCCCUCUGGAGUCCCAGCUCCUUUUCCCUGAGAGAAGCCGCCAUGAUUCAGUCAGAGCCCCUCUGCCACACAGGGGAGAUCAUGCCUGUCGGGGGCUGGGAAGGAUCCGCACAUCCCAUCCAAGCCCAGCCUCUCACCAGGCCUCCUGCCCACAGCAGACGAGACCGGGGAGAGCAGACCAUGGGUCUGGACCAGACGUCAGUCCGUGGCUUAGACUUCAACAUCCGCCAGAAGCAUCUGCAGAGUCAACUGGGGGCUCCUACCCCAUACACAGAGUUGCUGGCCAAGAUGAUCCCUAACGUCCCUGCUCUGCGCCCACCAGACAGAGACCCCAGGGUGAAGUUCAACAUGAGCAGGGUCCCUUUCCUAAGCUGUGAAGUCCUGGAGGAACUGGACUGUCACGUGCACACAAAGAGACGGCCUUUCUUAUCUCCACAAACCCCCAUCCCGGGGGAGCCAUUGCUGGAUGAGCGGGACACCAAGCUGCAAUUGAUAUUAGACACAGAUCGGCCCAAAUAUGGAUUUCCAGCAAAGGUCCCGGAGCCCCUCAGAUCCAACACCAGCCCUCAGCAUGCACAGGUGAUCCAGGAGCCAUGUGUCUGCCCCUCUGGACCCCUGCCUCAAAAGGCUCACAGGAUCCUGGCAUCCCCUGAUGCCAUCCUGGCCAGGCUUGUGCCCACGGUGGUGGUCAAGCUGCAGGAUCACAUUGCUCAGAAAUGCUCAGAGAUCCAAAUGGAGGCGUUCCCAAAGAUGGCUGCACACGACCUGCAGCUGAAGCACCUGAUGGAAACGUUGAGCAGCUCCCGCCCCUUGGCAGGCCAGGUCUCAGUCUGCCAGCAGUGCCGUAAGACAUAUCCAGGAAAGAUGAAGGGUAAGAAAACUCAGGAGGAGACAUCUGCUGAGCUGCAUGGUCUUCGAGACAUCAUGGAUCCACAUGGGCUCGAUGGAACUGUGAAUUCAAAGCUCUUCAGGGAUCAGCUGCCAAUUAGAGUCUGCAAGAAGUGCAGUAAGCGUCAACGGAAGAGACCAGCUGGCUCUGCAGGUGCUGACUUGCCUGGAAGAUCCCAUGGAAUUCCACAGCGAUGGACUCCAGGAGACUCCUCAGCAUCAUCCAACCACAAAAAGAUGCCAGUGGUGUGGCUCCUUCCAGCAGACAGGAGAAAGACGCAGGAUGGAAUGGGGAAAACGGCUUCCAGCCUGCCCCGAGAGGAGAUUUGA